AUGCCGUCCUCUAAUACCUGGACCAUGGACGAAUCGACUCGCAAUAAGCUGCUCAAAAAAUACCAAACUCAGGUAGCCUCCGGGUCGUCUACAAUCUGUGCCACUCUGGCAGUGACUCCCCUAGAGAAUGUUAAGACCCGCAUGCAAACUCAUGAUUUCCGCUCUAUCCCCGAGGUUGUGCGCUACAUUUGGCGUAAUGAAGGCCCUCGUGGAUUCGUGGCUGGUUGUCUCCCACCGCUGGUCAGCGUCACCGCAGUCCGAGUCAUGAACUUCACGGCCUACAACUGGACCAAGGACAAGCUCGAUUGCAUGUUCAAAAAAUUCACAGGAGUUUCUCCCCUCGAGGAGUAUAACAAGCCUGGCAGCACCCCCACAAUUUCAGGAUUAUCCAUGUUUAUUACGGCAGGCUUGGCCGCUGGCCUGGUCUCUUCCCCACUCGCAUGUCCAUUUGAACUCGCCAAAAAUGUGGUCCAAACUUCGGUUCUCAUGCAGAAUCGUGCUCAGGCUGCUCCUGAUGCUGUCCGCAACCCAUCUCUCCGCAAUGAGCCUCGUCUUAGUACCGUACAGGCUAUUCGACAGAUUGUCGCCCGCCACGGAUUCCGUGGUCUGUACACCGGGUUCGGUCUGCAUGCGUUACGUGAUAGCAUCGGAACCGGCCUCUACUUCAGCAUCUACGAGACAAUUAAACAGGUUGUUGUCAGACAACUCGGCGAGAGCCAGUCUCCUUUCGGACCCCCCGCAGUUGCCGGCGCCAUCUGCAGCACUCUGCCUUGGUUCUGCACCUAUCCCCUCGACACUCGCAAGACCCGCGCCCAAAGCGUCCUUCUGGGUAAGGCCCAGGAGAUCGCUUCAGCCUCCAAGGCAGUGGCCGGUUCCAGCAUGUAUAAAGGACUUUCCAUCGUCGUCCUUCGCACCGGAAUCAAUAACAUGAUUCUGUUGAGCAUUUAUGAGUACAUCAAGUACCAGAUUAACAACCUCCCUUAG